AUGUAUUUAAUUAUAUUAAUAUUGCUAAUGAUUUGUGUAUUAAUAUUAGCAUAUUUCAAAGGAUUGUAUAAUGAGAACUAUUGGAAAAAGCGGGGAGUCAAAUUCGAGAACAGAAAUAAAGUGUUGGGCCCUUUUUGGGACUUCCUUGUUGGUGACCGAGCGAUGUUUCAAAUCUUGACUGAUAUUUACGUGAAGUAUCCUGAGGAACCUGCUAUUGGUUUUGGCACUGUAACGUCACCUGCACUAUACGUCAAAGAUGUGAGAAAUGUCCAAUACGUGUUGCAGGGACCCAUGUUUAUCGAUAGAGGAUUCGACUACGUUGAAGAUGAUUACUUAGCAGACAAUAUACUCUUUAUGAAUGGCGCUCGUUGGAAGCUCAUGAGACAGAAGAUGACUCCACUUUUUACGUCAGCGAAAUUAAAGAACAUGUAUUAUAUCAUGGAUAAAAGCGCUUUGGACUUUAUUGAUUACAUAAAUAAAAACCCUGAAAAACAACAAGCUCGGAAUACAUUCGAUACCUUAACUACGUUUUGCUGUGCCGCUGUCGGCGCUGCUGUGUUUGGAGUCAACAGUGAAUCUAUAUUCAAUUCACCGUUUCUGGAAAUGUCAAGAAAAGCACUUAAGUCAGACUUGGGGAAUAAUUUAAAGUUUGCUGUAGCAAACAUAUCUCCAAAAAUCUUUAAAGCAUUGAAAUUGAAGUUAUUCAAGAAGUUUGAGCCAUUUUUUUUCGGUGCGAUGAAACAGGUUUUUAGACAACGUGAACAAGAAAAUGUGAAGAAGCAUGACUUUGUUGACAUCUGCUUGAGCAUCCAGAAGAAUGGUGUUAUGAAGAAUGAAGACGGUAGCCUAGAGAUGGAACCGACGGACGAGCUGUUGGCUGCUCAAGGGUUCUUUUUCUUUAUUGCUGGGGUUGAACCAGUAGCGACUUCUGUAUUUGGCACCAUGGUUGAAAUAGGUAGACAUCCCGAAAUUCAAAAAAGGCUUCAGGAGGAAGUUGAUUUAACAUUUGAUAAGUACGAUGGACAAUUACCACUUGAUGCUUUAACCGAACUAGAGUAUUUAGACAAUGUGAUAAACGAAGCUCUGAGAAUAUAUCCUCCGAUUGGUUUUUCGACACGACGAUGUCUGGAGGACACGGUAUUACCUGUUGGUAAUAUAAAAAUUGAUAAGGGUACAGCUUUAUUCCUUCCUAUAUAUGAAUACCAUCAUGAUCAUAAAGUCUUUGAAAAUCCACAUGUGUUUAAUCCUGAUCGGUUUUCUAAUGAUAAACAAAAUUAUAGCGUCAUCUACCAACCUUUUGGUUUUGGAACCAGGACAUGCAUCGGCAUGCGAUACGCAAAACUUCAAGUGAAGUGUAGUUUAGCUCAUAUAAUCCACAAUUUCGAGUUGAAAACUAUUAUUGGUGAAGGUGGAAUAAAAUAUAGUAAGGAACAGGUACAGGUGCGGAUAAAAAAUGUUGACAUUGAGUACAGUCCUAGAAAAAUUAAGUGUCAAUAAUGUGAUGAUAGGCAAAGAAAGACAUCUCAGCAAUCAAUACAAUAUACUGAAUCUUUUGAUACUUUGCUUUAUUGUUUAAUUUAUAAAGAAAUAAUGUGAAGUAAAAAAAUAUCCUUUGUUCUAUGUCCAAAAUAAUUGUUAUAAUUUUUUCCUUUUCCACCAAAUUUAACAUACCACGGUAAAAUUACGAUAUUUAUAGUAUUUAUACCACAACACUGACCGUAAAACUUGAUUUCAACAAAAAUAUGUGAUUUAUGAAAAAUUUUGCAUUUUCAUUUCAUUUUUUUAAUCUAACCAAGUUGUUGGGACUGCUUUUAACAACUUUUAGUUAAAUUUCACUUAUACUUGUGAUUGUCUUUCUAUG